AUGUCCUCCAGCGCCUUCAGGUCCACAGCCGAGCACGCCCCAAACGGGGUGGCAUCGGGCGCCGAUGCACACGGCCCGAUGACCUGGGCCGACCGGUCUGCAUUCUUGCAGUGGCAGAUGUGGUCGUCCGGGGCGCAGCCGUCGGCGGCGAGGCCGCGGGCGACGCACGUCUCGGCGCAGCGGGGCACAAGACUGAGCAAGGCCUUCCCCGUGGUGAUGGUGGUGGCGGUGGCGGCGGCCACGGUCCGCCUGGGUAACCUGGAUAUUGAGGAGGGUCUGCUGGAGGAGGAGGAGGAGGAGGAGGAGGAGGAGGAGGAAUGGGGUAACCUGGAUACUGAGGAGGGUCUGCUGGAGGAGGAGAAGGAGGAGGAGGAAGGGGGUAAGGAGGCAAGAUUGGCAAAGGUGAAAGACGGAGCAUCUGCCAGUGAUAUCACCAAUUCAGACGAUCAAUCGGUGGCACAUGCCCACAUGCCCGCGAGGGCUUUGUCUUUUGAGAUUUCAGGCGGCGGCAUACAGUAG